UUCACGUCAUGUAUAUACUCUUCCAAAUUCAUUUCGAGAACAUACUUUUACCCAGAACCCCGCAGUAAAGACUUCAGGGUAUGUCCGAUAGCCUCGUGUACUAAGAAUUUCCUGGAGAUAACUUCCUCAUAUGUUUCAGAUAAGCAUGGAAUGAUGGGCACUCUUUUUUUGAGAUGCUAUGGAGGCAUCGAAACAAACGGCGAGACACCUUCGAAGAUAAGCGAAUACAUCACUAAUGUCUGCAGAUACAGCAAGAGUGAUAUCCAGAUAUUAUCUUGGUUUUCGGCCCACGAUAUGCAAUGCUUCCUCAGAAUCCUUUCUGGUAAGGACAAAUUGAUUCAGAGCAAGUUUUCCCACCUGAACGCAUCGAAUUUCCAAGGAGUUAACCUAGGUGAACUUUGCCGAAAACUCCUACCUAAACUUCCUUCGAAGCAGCUUCAGGCAGUGAAUGAAUACCUUGUGGGACACAAAGGGACGUCUGCUAAGAACUACCACAACGCGUCAUAUGAUACCGGUGCAGUGGCAGAGAUAGUGGAGGCUCUUGUUCACCUGGUCUGACGACUGGAGAUAUACUCAUGGGUUUUCAUCUCGUAGAUCAUCUGGGGAUACUUAAAUCAUGUAUGAUAGGUCACCUUGCUGGAGUUUGAACACGAUCGAGACCGUUA